AUGAUUCCCGGGGAUGAAGAACCUAAAGAGGAGAUUAUCUUCAGCACACGACUACCACCCAAACCCAGACCAGACACCAGCUUUCAGAAGAUCUGCAAACACCAACUGGGACUCAACCUCCGCUACUGCUCCAAUUUCUACGGAAAGGCUGCGGCAGACUCCAUAUUCCAGCAGCUGGAGAGCCAUCUACCUUCCUACUUCUCCAGUUCUCAGCAAACGGUGAGUCUGGCAGGACGGGUCCAAUCAAUCCCACGACGUCACGCUGCAUUUGGAGACCACGGACUUUCGUAUUCCUUCUCCGGUAUCACCAUGCCAGCCAACCCAUGGAUCCCAUUGGUCAGUUCCCUCAGGGAUCACGUGGGGGAGGCACUCGGUGGAGAGACGUUCAAUUUCGUUCUGGUCAACCGCUACAGAGAUGGGUCGGAUCACAUAGGGGAACACAGAGACAAUGAACGAGAGCUCGUGCAGACAGCUCCGAUUGCUUCUCUCUCAUUUGGACAGCCUCGCGACUUUGUUCUCCGCCACAGAGACUCUCGAGGAAGAAGAGGAGGAGGAGGAGGGAGGAGGAGGGUCUAG